ACAAAAUUCUACAAUGGAGGAGGAGGAGGCGUGUGUUGUAGAGCUGUACGUAGGGCUAAAACAACCCAGAUAUCUGAUGAUGGAGAGGCUUUUGCACUAUAAGCUCCACGCCGGCACAACAGUGGAACAAGUGAAGGCGAUGAUCAGGUCUGACUAUGGAAUCGGGAUCGAAAGGCAAGAGCUACGGCUCGGGAAAAGGAAGAUGGACAACCAACGGAGCCUGAAAUUUUACGAGAUCCAGGCCGGUGUGCCGGCGAUAGCCCACUUGGAGUUCCCGCCGAUGAUCGGCUCCCCGAUCACUAUCACCGUCCUUGUAAAGGCUGUUUGUAUUAAUAUUCAUGACGAUUCCAACAUCAUCUCAUCCUUAAUUACCAACAUCACUUGCACAGAGAUGGAUUGGAUUGGGAAGCUGAAGAAGCGGAUCGAGACCAUUGCCGCCGCCGCCAUGGGCCCGUCGAUGUAUCCAAGGUACAAGAUGGAUUUGUAUUUCCGCGGUACGAGGCUGGCCAACGAACACAUACGUUUGUACUGUCUUCUGGUCACUGAGGGCGCGGUUAUUGUCGCCCUCUACUCACCGGCGAUGGCGGAUGAUUGGCCCACCUGCCGCCUCUGAAGGGUUAUCGCAUCGGCCUCCGUCGUGAACUGCCUUGUCCGACCGUGAACUACGGUUGUUUCUUAGACGCCUUCACUUCACUGUUAUUAGGCAAUUGUCACGGACUUCGGACUUUUCUUCGGUUUUUUGUACUUUUUGGCCUCCAAUUAUCCUAAAACUCGUCCUCAACCCUUCCACACGUGCUAGGACCUGAAAUGUAUCAAAACAAGCACAACCUAGCGUGAAAUAUGUCGAGGAACGAUGAAAUAUUAAGCUAAACGAAUAAGAAAUGAGGGGUAAAAUGUGUACAUUUGGGCCCGAAUCACUCCCCCACACUUAAACGUUUGCUUGUCCCCAAGCAAACCAUUCUCAACCUAGGUAAUAUUUCAACCUAAAAAUAGCUAGGGGACAUUGCAAAAGGCACAAGGCUAUGAAUCUCAAAUGACUAUUUGGGCAUCGACACUCGAACCGUCUCAAACAAUUUCGACAUCCACCACAAAUGACAUUCAAUUGCAUAAAAAUGGGCAAAUAAAAAGUUCUCAUUCUAUCCACAAUCAAUGCAAGUCUCAACAAGGCCACUAAUCAAUCACAAACGACCAUGCUUAGAACUCAAGUCAAAGGAACACACAACAGGGCAACAUAGGUCCCCACCAGCAUAGAUAAGAACCUGCAAGAACAAGCAUGAAUCACUCACUCUCUUUAGGGGUGUACAUGUGUCGGUUGGUUCAGGUUUAACCAUUUUAAUCUCCCGACCCAUGCACUACGGUUUGGGAAUUAUCAAACCCAAACCCAUCCAAAAAAAUUUAAACCCUACGGUUUGUUUCUAAUUGGGUUGGGUCGGGUUGACAAUAUUUUUAAGUAAAAACCCAACCCUACAUAAAAAAUAUAUAAUUAUUAUACAUCAUAAAAAUAUUUUAUAACUAAUUAAAAUGGCAUCCCACCCUCGACCUAACUAGCACAACCGUCCGACACCAACGUAUCAUGAACAUAACCUCCUCAUCUACGAGGAGUAACAUGACAUACUCUCCCCAUCUACAAGGAGUAGUGGUGACCGCGUCCGACACCGAUCGUGACAUACACGAUAUUGCGUGCUAUCUAAGCAACGGUCCGGUAUGUCAUACAUAUAUUUCGAGAACACCCCAUGAAUGUGGUACAAAUCCAAAUAUCAUAUGUAAUUAAUAUCCAAACAAAUUAUUUAGUAUUUGAAAAUCCAAAUCCUUCUAUCCAAACACACACUAAGGAUUUUCAGGAUGUCACCAUUACUCAUGGCAGAAUUUCUACUCGUUACUGCUCAUUGUCUUUGUUGAGUACAAUCUUUAUACUCAAAUGCUCAUUUGGGUGUUGGACUCGACUCAACUCAAAUUAAACAAAUUAUUAUUAUUUGGAUUAUUUGAAUCCAACUCAAUACUCAUACAUGUCAAGACAUUUUGAUCAAAAUACCCACAAAAGCCCAUGGAAAGUGGUCCGAGUUGGAAAUCCAUCAUCACUUACGGGCCCCCACUUUCCUCCUUAUCUCUGUUUUCCCCUGCACUCCGCUCCACCUCCAGCGAACUUGUUCCCUCAAACAUCACCAUGCCACGUGUCCAUCCAAAUAUCCCCAUCCCAUUCCAUUCCCCCGAGUGUGAAAAGCUGAAAACCAAAUUAGUGUGUACUCUUUUUUUCACUCUUCCAGAUUCACUGUUACGGUCCGCACAUGAUUAUAAAACUCCACAUAAAGACGCCUUAAAUUCAUCAACGUUGACGUGUCCUUCCAACCUCUGGAAGGGAGCAAUUUGGCUCCUGAUUUUAUUGAAGAGGUGUCGACGAUGGAGAAUGGUAUAAAAAAUGAAGGGGUUUGCGUUGUAGCGGCAAGGGACGGAGAAGGGAGGUGGUGCAGCGGAUUCGUUUCCCUUGUCUUUUUAGAGGUCUUUUGUUUAUUGGCAAAAUACACUUCCAUAACCACAACUAUCACGUUUGUGAUACUUAGCAAAAUCUAUCAAAAUCCAAUAAAUGUCCAUUUCCGUC